AUGGAAGCAGAUUUAGAAAAUUCACUCACGAAUUCCGCCAGAACUUUUUAUCAUGAUUAUCCUAAUAAUCCUUACAUAAAUGCCCAAUAUAUUGCCAGAAAUAAACUUUUUCAAUCAAGAUAUAAAAUAAUAGAACUUGGAUAUUAUCCACAAAAUGUUAAAUAUACACAAAAAGGAAAAAACAUUCAAUAUCAAAUUCCUAAUAAAUACAUUAUAAAAACCGAAGUUGCAAAUCAGACU